AUGAGAGAACUAUGCUCCAUUGUGCUCCCUCGAAAUCUUGUGGUUGUUGACUUAGGCUGUUCUUUAGGAGAAAACACAUUCAUCUUCGUCUUCGAGGUUAUCAACGCCAUGAGUGACCAUUCAUUGGAGGUCCAAUUCUUCCUAAAUGAUCUACCCGGAAACGACUUCAACUAUAUCUUUCGUUCACUUGAAAGCUUCAAGAAGAUGGUUGCAGUGGAGCACAAGGGUGGAACCCUGCCUCCAUUUUAUGUUGCUGGGUUGCCAGGGUCCUACUACACCAGGCUUUUCCCUUCCCAAAGUGUUCAUCUCUUUCACUCGUCCUACUGUCUCCAUUGGCGCUCUCAGCUUCCUGGUGAGCUAGAUGUCAACGCAAAAACAUACUUAAACAAAGGAAACAUCUACAUUGCAAAUACAACACUGUUAUCUGUGGUGAAACUAUACCAACAGCUGUUCCAAAUGGACUUGCUGCUCUUCCUCAAGCUGCGGUAUGAAGAACUUGUAUUUGGUGGGCAGAUGGUGCUGACGUUUCUUGGAAGGAAGAAUGAGGAUGUGUAUAAAGGCGAUCUGAACCAUCUUUGUGGGUUACUUGCAUUGUCUAUUCAGUCUCUCGUUCAGAAGGUACAAUAG